CCUCAACGAGAAACGGUGGAAGCAAAUCUAGUGCACUUUGUUCAGUACUUCGAGGUGAUGCAGCAUGCCACCUCAAAUAGGCCAAUGUGUUCUGCCUGACUGAAUAAGUUGAAGGAAUAUGCCUUGUUUGCUAACUGUGAUUACAUUUUUCUACUCCAUACUGCUGACAUCAGCGACUCAUACAUUGGAUUAUACUACUUACGUGAACUUAGCUAAACAGGAAUAUAACGAACGGGUGCAUUUGUGGAAUCCCCCACCCCCAGACGGACUCAAGCCAGAUUUCAGACCCUUUCAACUAUUUGAUUUAACACAGAUUGAAUCAGUAAGUCAAGAACUGUUGCAGGUCAUCCGAAAGAAAUAUCCAACGGGGAACUUCAAGUGGACUACUGUCAGUCUUACAAGCAACAAAGGCCUCAAGAAAAGCUAUGUGCUUUUAGGUGGAUCAGCUCAACGGUCUUCCACAUUUGACACUGACAUUUCCGUUAGCCCCCGCGAGGGCGGAACAAUGUUUUUAUGCGAGUUUGAAUCAAAAUUGGUGAACGAGAACCCACUAGGAUUUGGUUCAGGAAAAAAUGGAUGUAGAAUACUCCCACCAGGUGCUAAGAGUACAAGCGAACACGAAUUUUUGGGAUCAUCAAGCAGCGCAAUUACCCUAAGUGAUGACCUGAGUGUACUAGCCUACUGCGAUCCAUUGUGGCGCGCUCAGUCACAAGUUCCCGUUGGAAGAUGCUUUCUGAACACUAUACGUAAUGGUCAAGUGGACCGCUCCAUAGAGCUGUCAGAGUUUUGUCAAUCUGGUUUGACAGUAGCAACACCCUGUAUGGCAGGACACAGCGUGGCACUCUCAUCAAGGAAAACAUCAAAACCAGAACCGGACAUGAAACGUCUGCUUGAAAACAUUCGUUUGUGGAUUGGUGAGCCUCUGUCUGUGCCUGAUGGAAGAAUAGAGAUUGUUACUGACCCUUUUGGAAGUGCUGUUGUCACGACCGUCAACAGGCCGGACCCAAUGGGCAACUUGUCAUUUGGCUCCCAUUUCGGAUUCAGAAUAGUUGAUGGAGUUGCAACAGCACCACAAAUUUUUGACCUGUCUGACUCACACAGCGUUAACACCGCUCAGUUAAUUGGUAUUGAAAAAGAAGGCCGGGGUACACGGCAUCUGAACUACAUAGAUUGGGUUGGGGGAGUAAAUUCCACGGAUAUGUUUACCGGGUUUGGUAUGUCCAUGGUGCGCAUCACCUUUGGAAAAUUUGGGCAAAUUGCCUUGGUCGUUGGAGCACCUUAUCAUGGUUCUCCCAUUGAUACGGAUGCGAGCAAUAAAACUCUUUUUGUCAAUCGUGGAAGGAUUUACCUUUUUUGUCCUCAGUCAACUUCACCUACGGAAGAGGCCGGUUUUAUUUUGUACAAUGACUACAUCGACGGAUCAGCAAACACAAGUUUUUUGGGAUUUUCACUUACGGCCCUCAGUAAACCGAGAGCCGAUGGCUCGGUUUUGAUUGCAGCUGGUGCUCCUGAUCUUGACAAUCGCUUCGGAUAUGGCCAGGUCUACAUUUUGCGCAUUUUACCGGACUGUAGCUUUGACAAAGUGCCUGUGCAGAUCGUACAAGGGUCACUAGGCUCUUUGGAUUUUGGAGCUAUUCUUCCAACCGAUGGUGUGGACAUAGACUUUAAUACCUGGUCAGACUUUGUGAUUCCAACAUCCUCAGAAGCGUCUUCAUCAGCACCAACUUCUUUGUAUGUGGUCGCUGCAAGACCAGUACUCCAAGCUGAAUGUCGUUUCACUUUUCCACCGUGGCUUUCAAUUCGUCGAAUAUUAACCGGUGAUUCAAUCCCCAUUACUGUGUCAGUUUACCUGAGUGGUAGUGACGGUACAGGUAAAUCUGAGGGUUUCAUUCAAAGUGUGUUUGAUGACCAGGAAGCUCGCCGUCUGGUUCACCAGAUUGCAUCAGACUGGAAUGCAACGAGUGGAAGUGCGCAACGUUUUAAACUUCAGGGUCGUCCAAGAAGCAAUAUGGACCGCACACAAAAACAGCUAUCCGUUGAUUUCAUUCUCGUCGCCCAAAUGGAUGUGCAAGAUAUGUUAGACAUAGAAUCCCCUACAAAAGGAUUUUUUGUCGGCUAUCGUUUCCUGCAACCAUGUCCCGGAUAUUCCCAAACCAUCGAUGAAGAUGGAACUUGCUCCGAUGGUGUGGGGAUUAGGCGACCUCUUAUCAAUUGGUCCCGUUGUGUAACCCUGAUCCCUCUUGCUCGAUUUGUUUGCUAUCCUCAUGAAAAUUGUGAGAGUGACGUUCACAUCAAUGUCACACACCAAUUAUACACAAAAAAGUCUUCAGAAGAGAAGAUUCACAUGGUUCAAGAGGAGACUUCGGAAGGAAGUAUUGUGCAACUGGUUGAUUUAAUUUAUGGAGAUGCGGAUUAUUCAGAACCUGGACUGUUGAUAAAAUUGUACAACUAUGGUCCCACGUUUGCCGGUGGGGUCUGGCUGGAGUUGCAAUUCUAUGGGAACUUGCGCUUUUCCCGUCUACAAGCUUAUGAGACAGAGCAGGACUUAUCUGUUGGUUUGGAUGCAAACAUACGCGUGGAUGUGACGGCUAACGAGACUUGGGCCGCUUGUUACUUAGACAACCUACCCGCCCCAGAUACUGCGGAUGUGAUGCACAGAGAGAAUGUCCCGGCGGUGUGGUUUUUGAAACUUUCCACCUACUAUCCAAACUACACGUUAGCUGGAAUAAAUUUCACUUUGGGUGCCGGAGUGACCAUCAAAGUUAUUACGGGCACUCCAGAUCCUGUCUUGAGGGAUAACGUGGUGCAUGUAAAGUACCGCGUCAUCAGUGAUCCUAAGCUCAGAUUAUCAUACGGCCCCGACCCCGUUACCAGCCGUAUGGACAACCGUACAAAGCCGGUGUUUUGGGGUUCUGGAUUCCAGAGACGCGUGGAUGUUGAUGAGAUUGGUCCCAGAGUUGAACACACUGUUCAAGUGGAAUAUAUGGGACCGACAAGAAAGUUAACAAAUGUGACAAUUCGGAUGUCUGUACCCAUUGCGCUCGCCAUGUCCGAUCGAGAAGGUCUUUUGGACGCAUAUGUUGUGUACAUCUUCCCAGAGAUUCGAGCAAGUGUGGAUGGUAUCGGCGGACUUCAGUGGAUUGACCUGGCUCCGAAGUUAGUUGCCAAGGAAGGCAACGCUGGAGGCCAAAGAAUAGGUGUUUGCACAGUGCUGAACAGCAACGAAACACUGAACCCUUUGAAUAUGAUUGGGAUGGAUAUAAGAAAAACGUAUUCAAGAGCGCGCCGUCAGGCCAUACCCACUCGUGGUGGCGAUGCGCACACCCAAAUGGAUUUCAACCUACAAAACCGGUCGAUGGAAUCCACACCGGGUGAUUCUCCCGAAGAAACGAUAAGCUUCUCGUCCACAACGUAUUCAAGAGCGCGCCGUCAGGCCAUACCCACUCGUGGUGGCGAUGCGCACACCCAAAUGGAUUUCAACCUACAAAACCGGUCGAUGGAAUCCACACCGGGUGAUUCUCCCGAAGAAACGAUAAGCUUCUCGUCCACAAGUCUAUUCCGGCGGAUUCCUAAGGAGAUUCUCCAAUGUGAUAGAGUUGGUUAUCGAUUGGAACAACCUGUUUGCGCCCAAAUAGUUUGCCACUUGGAUGAGUUACCAAAAAAUCGACCGGUUCUAUUAACGGUGACAGGAUGGCUAUGGGCAAGAACGUUUUUCUACAAACAUAUCUCUGACAUCGAGGUGGUCACUACUCUCUCGGUAGAUCAAGGAGCUCUACCGGAUGGCGUUGUCCCGGCGUCCGAACCAGUUGGUUAUUUCCACGUUUGGCAAACGUUUUUCUUCCCUCAAAUCCGCCCAAAACUGAUACAUCAGAUCCCAACCUGGCCCAUUAUCGUUGGCGUCGUUCUAGGAAUUAUAUUCCUCGCUCUUCUGGUAAUACUGCUCUAUUGCGUUGGUUUCUUCAAGCGACGAAAGCCGGACUUGCGAAAAGCCAAAUUUAGCAAGGGUGGUGCAGAUGAAUUGGAACGCAACUCGGAAGAAACGCCUGCCAGACAGACUCAUUUUGCUGGAUUCCAGACCUCAACUACAGAUAAGUAUGAAAGAGGAGCUAAACGCAAACGCAGGGGUAAACAUCGAGGUGAACUGACAAUUUUGCAUCCAGCAGAUUUGGCUGCAGGUCACCAGACCCAGGAUGAGCAGCAUUUGUUGGAUGACUCUUCAGGAAACGUCAAUGAAGCCAGCCCCAGGGACUGAAGACUUAUCAUACCUCGCGGUUAAGAGGGAAGGCAAACUAAUAAUGCGCCAAGAUGCACCACUAGCCUCAUGCUUUACUUGGAUUACUGAAACUUUCUGUUCAACGGAGGUCUUAGCUAGCUCGCAUUGUAAUGACAAUUUCCUUCAUUAAGAUGACAAUUUCUUCAGAAUUACAUCUCUUUUUCGUUCGAAAUAACGUGCUUAACCUGCCCCUCUUUGCUUUUGGUUAUUAGUAGACGAUAUAUUCCACAAUUUUCUGGAGUAAUCUGCCAAAUAAAUUCCUCCAUUGCUGAUCGUCCUCCCUAGCGCAGAACUACUCCCACUCAGUGUGUUUGGAAUGACUAUUAUUUUCGCAAAGCAAAUGUUCAGUUUAGGUGUUUUCCUAUUUUCAUGUUAUCACUAUCCACCUGUGCUUUCACAGUUAACCCAAUGCUGUGUCACCUCGAUUAUCGCCCCAACCCCGGCCAAACAACCUCUCAUCCACACCUAUUCACAACGCACACGCUGCUUCUCUUCUGUUGUUGUUGUUUAGCCCGAAUGAUAAAUCACCUGCACAUUUUUCAGUAUUUUUGCCCAUCUCCUUUUCAAAUACGACUGUGUGGACGCACGUUCAUCACCUAGCUGACACACCCUCCAAAAAGCCCUCUGAUUGAUCCUCACCUUUUCUAAAGUUAUAUUUUCUUUACGUGAAUCAGUUUGGUGUGGUGGUCAAUAAAGUAUAUGAAGUUACC